AUGGGACCUGAUAACCAGACACAGGUGAGUGAGUUUAUUCUCCUCGGCCUGUCCAGUGACUGGACCACUCAGGUCUCUCUCUUUGUUUUGUUCCUGAUAAUGUACCUGUUGACAGUGCUGGGGAAUGUCCUCAUUCUUCUUCUCAUCAGACUGGACAGCCGACUCCACACUCCCAUGUAUUUCUUCCUCUCAAAUCUCUCCGUGGUUGAUGUCUCUUAUGCCACUAGCAUUGUUCCUCAGAUGUUGGUGCAUCUUCUUGCAGAACAUAAAGGAAUCCCAGUCGUGAGCUGUGCAGCACAGUUAUUUUUCUCCUUGGGCUUGGGUGGGAUUGAGUUUGUUCUUCUGGCAGUGAUGGCCUAUGACCGCUAUGUGGCUGUGUGCAACCCUCUGAGGUACUCAGUCAUCAUGCACGCAGGGCUCUGCUCUAGGUUGGCCAUCACUUCCUGGGUCAGUGGCUCUGCCAACUCUCUGAUGCAGACUGCCAUCACUUUUCAGCUGCCCAUGUGUUCAAACAAGUUUAUUGAUCAUAUAUCCUGUGAAAUUCUAGCAGUGAUCCGACUAGCCUGUGUGGACAUCUCUUCCAACAAGGUUGCCAUCAUGGUUUCCAGCAUCAUCCUACUGAUGACACCUUUUUUCAUGGUGCUCUUGUCCUACAUCCAAAUCAUCUCCACCAUCUUAAAGAUCAGAUCUGCAGAAGGAAGGAAGAAAGCUUUUCAGACCUGUGCCUCUCACCUCAUUGUUGUCAUCCUGAGCUAUGGCACAACCAUUUUUACUUACAUUCAACCUGGCUCUAGUCCUUCUGUACUUCAGGAGAAGUUGAUCUCUGUCUUUUAUGCUAUUUUGAUGCCUGUACUAAAUCCCAUGAUUUACAGUCUAAGAAAUAAGGAGGUGAAAGGGGCCUGGCAGAAACUAUUAGGAAACUUAUCUGGAUUCAGGUCUAAGAUGUCCAGUUGA